AUUUGUUGUAGCUGUACGGCCGUACGGGUAUCGCUAUUCACCACUCGGGCACACACCAGUCGUCACUCGUCACUCGGUCACUCGAUAGUCGUUAGAUCCAUUCUAAUACUCUAUUGCAUUCAAUCUAAAUUUUUAAAACCGCUCGAAUGACAUAAUAUUUUGUAAGUCCAACACAAUACGUACGAUAAAGAAGCUUGUACAGCCGGCUGACAUGAGAAAAUCGUAACUAAUUCAUUUUAUAGAUAUUGUGUUCGUAAGUUUUGAAAUUUCUUGUUUUCAUCUCCCUUCUCCCUCACCUCGACAACACCCCCACUCAACGAAUAUUUUUAUCUUUCUCCUUCGCCGCCCGUCUGGUCGGACAAGAAAGAACAACAGAUACAGAAUUUAAGUAGGCAGAACGUGCAAUAGGUGUAAACGUUUUACGCAGAGAAAAUUUGAACAGGUUAUGCGAGAGAGACAGAAACGAAAAAAAAAUCAAAACAUAACAGACGAAUUUGGUUUACCGACGCGAUUACGUACAUCGGUAACACUUGAUGCGGCACGCACAGCGACCGACCCGCCGUCGCUAAUUUACUGGCGUCCGAGUUUAUAGUAAUAAAAAACAAUAGUUCAGUCGAAUUAGCGACAGGAGCAGCGCAUAAAAUUUGAAAUUCAAAUGCUGAUUUCAGUGUCAAGUUGAAGGCGUCAACGAAUCCGUUUCAAUCUUUUUCUCAUAUUAUUACAACUUUAAUCACUAUGCCUCCAUACAAUUCUGUUAAAAGUCUACAAUGUUUAGCACUAGAACAGGUAUGCAAAUACACAUUAAGCAUAACUGACAAUAUGAAAGAAGAUGUAAAUGGAUCUCGAGAAUAUUUUAUCAAUAAUGUACAUGCUUGGGCUAGAACCAAUAUUCUGAAUUAUACUAAAAUUCUCUUGGAUGAUGGUGAAAAAGACCAUGAAAUAUGGGAUAAACUCAACUUUGUAAUGAUUGACACAAAUCCUUAUAUAAAAAUAUUAAACGCUAAACUUAAUAUGUGGUUAAUAAUAUUAAAUGCUAUGUUGGACAUUGGAGUUGCUCGAUUACCACCUUUGUUUCUUCUUGGAGGAAUGGAAUUAGGAUUUCAAGAGUUUGUUUCUAUAUUGAAUCGUAACAAUACUCAUCUCAAAGAACUGUCUGUAACUUUUCAAAUGUCAAGUAAAAAUAAUUACACUCCUGUUGUAUAUGCUUCAAUGUAUAACCUUCAGAAAACAUUUCAUGAAGGUUUAGCAUCAAAACUUGUUCAUCUAAAACUUGGUGCUAUUUGUGAUAAUGCAAUAUUGAAAACUAUUGGUGAACAUGCCUUGUGUUUAAAACAUUUAGAUGUAUCUGGUUCAUGGAAUGUCGAUGAAGCUGGCAUUAAACAACUAUUGUUUAAAAAAGAUGUGUAUGUGGAAACAAUUAAUGUAUCAAACGAUAUGCUAUGUAAAAAUCUUAGCCAUAUGUAUGAUAAUAAGUCAUUAUUGAAUAACUGCUGUUUUACUUUGGAAGAAUUGCGGAUUCAGGAUACAAAUACAGAAGACGCUAGUUUAUUGAUGAUAAUUGCAUGUGUGAAAAGCCUAAAAGCCUUAGGCGGUUUCCUCUACUUUAGGAAUAUUGGUGAUGCUUUGGUAACUGUAUGGGAGAACUCUCCCAAGCCACGAAUAUUCCAGUUGACCGAGUUAUAUGAUAUGCAGUUGACAGGCAAAAAAAUAGCCGCACUAAAGGAAUGUCUACCAUAUUUAAAAAAGCUGUAUACUCGACUGUCAUGUGUUUGUACACCUGAAGAUUUUGCAGAUCCAGAACAGGGAUCAAUGUUUUGGGGACGUGUACAAACACUAACCAUUGAUCUUGAUUACAUGAUGAAUUUUCAUUUUAUAAAUUUUGUGUUUAAUUAUGGCCGCAACUUAUCUGAACUCACCAUUCUUGAUCAGGAAGCUGAUAUAGAUGUGGCAAAACUCCUAGCAAGUUGUCCAAAUCUAUUAGUGCUUAAAGGAUUUUUACAUAUUUUUGAAACGCCUGUCGGAAAAUUUUCCAAAUUGAAGUCAAUCGAAUUACACAUGCCUACCGUUGAAACAAUUAAUUGGUUUUUUGAAAACUGCCCUUGCUUAGAAGAAGCCAAGUUAUAUAGUGAUUCGAGACAUCUUUACUGGAAUACACAAGUUUUUGAGAGACCACCAUUAAUCAUGUGCAAUAAUCUUAAAAGAUUGGAGAUUUCGUUCAACGAUGAACAUCCAAUUACUAACCAUCAGACAGUUAUAAAAUUCAUUGAAAAAUGUUCAAAACUUCAACAUUUAGGACGACUGGAUAAAUGGAACUUGGACAAGAAAUUUGUAAAACAAGUAAAAUUAUACAUAAAAAAGAUGAACUAUGAGCUUAAUAUUUACUAGAUGAUAAUUUACAAAUUUGUUGAAAAGACUGAUGUUUUAGAUCUAAUAUUAUGUUAACUUUCUUUUUCUCUUGUUAACUCUGUAUGAUAUUAUAAGGUAUUUUUGUACUAGCUGUACAUUUAAAAACUAUAAGUAUGUAUUUUUAAUUUCACUGUGAUGUAUUUUAAUAUUAAUGGUUUAACGAUUUAGUAUCAAUGUAUGUUUUUAUAACAACACAUUGAAUAAUAACAAUAAGCUUUUAUAUUAUAUAAACUCUAGACAAAUUUUUGUUUAAAAAUAAAAUAAAAAUAUUAUAUAA